CGCCAAGACGCUUAGUAACCAAAUCGCCACUAAGAAAUUUCCCCCCUCACGAAAAACUCCAAACUCCAAAAUUAAAUUACCUGAACACAUCGAAAAGUCGUCGACAAAGCCUCACCUAAAGACUACCGUCUCUCGCGAAAGUCUUCAGGAAGACCGUCAAAAUGUCGAAAGUCACGGUCGCCGGCGUUCGACAGAACGUGAAGGAGUUGCUCGACUACUCCCAGAACACAAAGAAGCGAAACUUCCUCGAGACCGUCGAGUUGCAGAUCGGCCUCAAGAACUACGAUCCCCAGCGUGACAAGCGUUUCUCUGGUACCAUCAAGCUCCCAAAUGUCCCUCGCCCGGGCAUGUCUAUCUGCGUUCUUGGUGAUCAGCAUGACAUCGAUCGUGCGAAGCACCACGGUAUUGAUGCCAUGAGCGCUGACGACUUGAAGAAGCUCAACAAGAACAAGAAGUUGAUCAAGAAGUUGGCACGCAAGUACGACGCCUUUGUCGCCUCAGACUCCCUGAUCAAGCAGAUUCCUCGUCUCCUCGGUCCCGGUCUCUCCAAGGCCGGCAAGUUCCCAACUCCCGUGUCUCAUAACGAAGAUCUUGCCAACAAGGUCACUGAGGUCAAGAGCACCAUCAAGUUCCAGCUGAAGAAAGUUCUAUGCAUGGGCACUGCUGUCGGCAACGUCGGCAUGACUGAGGACGAAUUGAUUGGCAACAUCAUGUUGUCCAUCAACUACCUUGUCUCACUGCUGAAGAAGGGUUGGCAGAACGUUGGUUCCCUGACUAUCAAGGCCACCAUGUCGCCGCCUAAGCGUCUGUACUAAAUUCCUGCGUAUUGCGCGCACAACAUGCUUGGCAUUUUCUCAGAGCUUGGUUGUCUCUGAGUGGAAGAGCAUGUGCACGGGAGAAAAUGAGGAAUAUACGAAGCAAUCUUUGCGGUGGAAGUAGUACAGCAGAGCUCAGAUAGUCACAAAAAAUCACAACACUCACCUGAGCUGAGUCACCCGAUUCGUAUCCCUUCAUGGGUCAAGUUGCACGCAGAGAAAAUGUGCCAUGUGCCGUACGUCCCAAAAUAGUUAGCGUAACGCCAAGAUUUUGAGCAUGCCAAAACUCGCCUUCUCCUCCUUA